UGCAUGGGUUAUACCAACACAUUACUGAGUGAUUCUCGAAAAAGACGAUAUUUUCAUAGACAUGAUGGAAUUCUGAUCAACUCUCAAUCUUAACAACAGAACCAAAUGUAGAGUAUCAAUUUGCACCCAGGGGAAUAGUGGUGUACUUAGAAUGUAUUUUCAUUUCGGAGCAAUCCAGGGGUUCACACACCCCUAUUCUUUUCUGAACAUGGAAAACCUAACUAUGUUAUACUGCACGCAAGAUAAUAGGCAAAAUAUUAGAAUAAAAGGAGCGUUUCUUACUGUUUCCUUAUAUAACAAUGUCGGUGGCAUUUUCAUCGGCGCGCCCAAGGAGCAAAGGGGAGGUGACACAACAAACGAUACAAAAGAUGCUGGAUGAAAAUCACCAUCUGAUACAAUGCAUCAUGGAUUACCAGAGCAAAGGGAAAACAGCAGAAUGCACACAGUAUCAGCAGAUCCUUCACAGAAACCUAGUCUACCUGGCCACGAUAGCGGAUUCUAAUCAGAACAUGCAGUCACUGUUACCUGCACCUCCUACCCCUAACAUGGGGAGUAUAGGUGCUGGAGGAAUGGGACAGAGCGGAGGCAGCGGGCCCCUACACUCCCAGAGUAACCUCAACGACACCAUGACCCCUGGCCUGCCCCCUACCGCUAUGAUGCAGAGUCAGAUGAGCAAUGGCCCCAGCCACGCUCCCAUGCAGCAGCAGGCGGGUCAGACACAGUCGGCUGGGACCUCGUCCACGUCCCUCAGCCUGCCAGCCAGCACCCACGGCUCAGCCUCCGGCUACAGCCACCCCGUGCCCCCCUCCUCCCAGGGCAGCAUGGUCCAGGGCCUUGGCCCAGGCUACGGUUCUUCCUCUUCCUCUUCUACCUCCUCCCGCAGCAACCUCAACAUGCAGUCUAACACAGUCUCCAUGAUGCACCAGCAGUCGGCCACACCUCAUUACCCGUCAUCCCAGACUGGUGGCGGACAGCAGCAGUACCAGGGUCAGCAGGCUGCUAUGGGCAUGUUGGGGCAGAGCGGGCAAGGCAACAACAUGAUGAGCCAGAGGCCCAUGGGGACCUACCGACCCACACAGCAAGGAUCUGCACCGCAGUACAUGGGACAAGACGAUUUCUACGGAGAGCAGUACGGACACACUCAGAGCUCCAGCGAGCCCAUAAACCAGCAGUAUUACUCUGAUGGUCAUGGGGAGUACUCCUACCAACAGUCAUCCUACGGUGAACAGGGCUAUGAGAGGUCCUUUGAUGAGUCCUCACAGCACUACUACGAAGGAGGCAACUCCCAGUAUAGUCAGCAGCAGGCCCAGUACCAGCAGGGGUCAGGCCAGCAGCAACCCUUCAGCCAACAACAGUACCCCUCACAGCAGGGCUACAGCGGACAGCCGCAGGGCUACGGUCCAGGUCAGGGUGCGCAGUCCCAGUACUCCCAGUACCAGCAGGGUCAGGGCCAGCAGUACAGCUCCUACCGCUCCUCUCAGGCUGCCUCUGGGGCACAGACACAGAGGCCCUACGCCUACGAACAGGGUCAAUACGGAAACUACCAGCAAUAAGGCACCACCUCCUGGGCAAACUGGUGGACAAGUUAGGCAAGGGAACAGUUCUGUGAAUAACCCCCAACAGUCGUGUGUAAACCAGUCUCUGAGUAAAUGAGUUAGAUUUAUCUCUGAAUCUUUUUAGGUUGCUGAGACACGGAUUAGCAGGCUAGACUAAGUCAGAUUCAUGUUCUGCUGGUUCACUAUUUUCUGAGUACAGGUGAACUGGUUCAGGAGAUCCUGCAUGAAACACCUCUCAUCUCUGCUUUCUCUUCUUUUCCUCACCCUCUAAGAUGAUUUGAAUUAUGGGGGUAUCUGGUAACAAAUCGGGGAACCCUCAAUAGCAUUAUUAUAUUAACGUUGGCACCCUCUUAAGCGUUGAAAAGACUCAUAUGUUUAAUUCAAACCUUGCCUUUAAAUGUCUUUUUUUUUUUGGUCUCUGUCCUCGCUAUCAACCUCUGUCUGGUUCUCUCACCCUACUUUUCUGUCUGUCUUUCACAGGGUGCACAAUACAAGUGCUGUCCUCUGUCUAAGAUUGUCAUUUAAAAUGUGCCCAGGUCACAAAAAGAAUGUUUGGUCAUACAUUCAGCAUCUUUUAUUCAGUGUAAAGCUUAACUUGAUUUAAGGUGAAAAUGGGACUUGUCGGUAGUGUUCAAAUACAACUUGUCAGGUUGUAUUUGAAACUGUGAAGUUGUGUAGAUCGGUGUGCGGUGUUACCGCCUGUUCAGUGUUACCACUCUGUCUGUGUAUGAAGAGCAAAUGUUUGAGUAAGGUUAUAGGCACAAUAGCUGGUGGAUUGACAAGAGAGUGCAACUAUCAACAACCAUCAUAAUAUUACAGGUAAUAUGUACAAUUCAUUUCCAUGAUCAAUCCUUUUUUGUUAAUUCUUUAAUUUUGUCUGAUUGCAUAUAUAUUUUUUAACUAAGCAUUUUUUUUUAUUAAGCAAAAGUAUUUGUAGAUUUUUAUAUGUUGGGACUUUUCCCAUGCUAUAUUUACACUGAACAAAAAUAUAAACGCAACAAUUUCAAAGAUUUUCCUGAGUUACAGUUCAUAUAAGGAACAGUCAAUUGAAAUGAAUUCAUUAGGCCCUAAUCUAUGGAUUUCACAUUACUGGGAAUACAGAUAUGAUUCUGUUGGUCACAGAUAACUUUGAAAAAAAGGGAGGGGCAUGGAUCAAUUAUGUUCAUUGUUCGUAGCGUAUGCCUGCCCAUACCAUAACCCCAUCGCCACCAUGGGGCACUCUGUUCACAAUGCUGCCAUCAGCAAACUGCUUGCCUACACGAUGCCAUCCACGCUGUCUGCCAUCAGCCCUGUACAGUUGAAACCAGGAUUCAUCAAUCAAGAGCACACUUCUCCAGCAUGCCAGUGGCCAUCAAAAGGUGAGCAUUUGCCCACCGAAGUCGAUUAAGACGCCGAAAUGUAGUCAGAUCAAGACCCUGGUGAGGACGAUGAGUACGCAAAUGAGCUUCCCUGAGACAGUUUCUGACAGUUUGUGCAGACAUUCUUUGGUUGUGCAAA